AUGAUAAAAAUAAUUUAUUUAAUUGUAUUAUUAGUUUUAUUAUUUAAAAAUAACCAUAUUAUAAUAAAAGCAGAUGAUUGUCCUUUUCCUCAAAUUCCUAUAAAAACUCUUUCUGGUACUUGGUAUGACGAUCCUGAUCAUGCAUCAUGUGGUUUCGAAAAAUUAACAGGACCAUUAGGACCUGGUAAUCGUUUGGUUGUUGCAUUAGGUUCCAAAUUGUUCGACAAAGGGGCAAAUUGUGGUCAAUGUUAUGAUGUAACCUCACCAUUUAAUAAUAAAACUAUUACAGUAAUGGCAACUGAUAGUUGUCACGAUGCAGGAUAUUGUCAAGCAGAUAAUCACUUUGAUUUUUAUAAAGAAGCAUUUGAUUUAUUAGGUUCUCCAUCAGGUGUAAUUAGUGGUAAUAGUGGACUAUCAUAUAUUAAAGUUCCAUGUCCAACCUAUGGUAAUGUUAAAAUUAUGAUGAAAGAUGGAAGUAAUGAAUUUUGGACAUCAUUUUUAAUAUUUAAUUCUAGAAUUUUAAUAAAACAAGUCUCAAUAAAAUUAUCAAAUAGUCAGCAAUUUAUUGACUUAAAUAGACAACCACAAGGAAAUUAUUGGCCAUCUACAAAUAUGGUAUCUGGUGAAUUUGAAGUUAGAAUUGAAUCAAUUGGCGGUGAAUUCAUUUAUGUUAAAAUUCCAUCAAUUGAGAGUAGAAAAAUUUAUGAUACUGGAAACCAAUUUUCAGCUGAUGGUUGUGUUGGUAAUAAAUAUGAUCCAUAUGCUCCAUUUCAAAUUACCUCUAAUUCAAAUAAUAUAUUACCACCAUCAUUAUAUAUUAUUUUUUUAAUUUCAAUAUUAUUUUUAAUUAUUAAUAAUAUUUUUUCAAAUAAAUAUUAA